AUGCCGGCCGACCAUGCGAUCCAGAUAGUCCUGGCGUACUGCAUCGUCCCCCUGCUGUCGUUCCUCGUGGUGCUGCGAUCAGUGAGAAAGGCGAAGGGCUUCUACUCCAGGGACGGGGAGAGAUCGGGCUCUACCGUACAUGCCGUCAUCGCUUCCGUUGCUACCGGCACCCCGCAAUAUCGCUGCACACAAGAACAGGCACUUCGCGUAGCAUCUAAGGUACCCGGGACCAAGAGCGUGAGACCAACGCUCGAGCGCCUGUACCGCAACACGUGCAUCGGCAGCCGACACUUCGCGGUGCCGGACUUCACCCCGCAGAAGCGGGCCGAGGGAGACAAGGCGCUGUUCCCGGCUGACGGGAGCUAUGAGGUGCCUGUGGACGUCCGCCUCGCCAAGUUUAAGCAAAAGGCGGCCCCGCUCGUGUGCGACGUAUCGCUUCGAGCCAUCAAAGAGUCCGGCGUCGAUGUCUCCCAGAUAGCGAAGCUAGUGGUCGUAUCGUCGACGGGUUUUUCCGGCCCUGGCCUAGACUGCGACCUCAUCAAGAACCUGGGUCUGCCGCGAUCUGUGGACCGGACCAUGGUGGGCCUGAUGGGAUGCGCGGGGGCGUUACACGGCCUGCGUGUGGCGAGCGACUUUGUGAUUGCGCACCCCGGCGAGUGCGCUCUUAUGGUUUGCGUAGAGCUCAGUUCGCUGCACGCGAAUUUCCAAGAUAACACCGCAAACGCCGUGAGCAUGGCGCUUUUCGCGGACGGGUGCGCGGCCACCGUCCUGAAGGGGGCUAGAAAGGCUGAGUGCCCGAAGGGAAGCCUCGUCGUCGCGGACAGCCAUUCGUGGCUCAUCGAGGACAGCGAGGACGGUAUCACCGUCGACAUCGAGCCCAACUCGAUCGUGUGCGUCCUCUCCAAGCUCGUUCCUAAGAUCAUCGCGAAUAGCGUGGGGCCAUUCGUGGACGGGUUCUUGGGCAGGAACAGCAUGAAGCGGAAGGACGUUGACUUUUGGGUUGUACACCCCGGAGGGAGCGCGAUCAUCACGGAGGUGCAGAAUGGGCUCGGGCUGACGGAGGAGCACACGGCGGACUCUUGGGCGGUGCUGGGGGAGUACGGGAACAUGCUCUCGCCCACCAGCAUGUUUGUGCUGUCGAGGUAA